GAGGAGCUUCACCCCAGCGGCGGCGACGGCGCCCGCGAGCCGCUGAGUGCGCUCAACGUCGGGAUGAUCACCUUGCCGCCAGAGAUGGACCCAGAUCGCCACUCUGGGUGGUUUGAGGCCAGCCCGACCAACGAGAACGAUGGCGAGGUGGCGGGCGAGUCGGCCGUCAAGCGCGAGGGCAGCGAUGACGAGCAGGCCGCUGCGGUUGCACAGGCUGACGCUGCGUGCCGCGCCGCGAUGCCAGAGGUGUCCAACUUGACGGUGUCGUUGAUCGACUUGACAGAUCCGCAGAUGAAGGUCGAGCAGCUAGAGGGUGGGAGUGCCAGCGGCAGUGGGGUUGCCGCCGCUGUCUUGCCCGAGGAGGCCGGGUACGCAGCGCGUCUUCUCGAUGGCGGCGAGGAGGGCGAGAUCCCGACUUUGUUGGACCCAGCUUUGUACCAGUGCGAGCCCACGCCUCUGUCCAUGAAGGAGGACUUUCCCAAGGGGCUGACGUACCAGUACCUCGGGCGCAUCAGGACGACGGUGAACUCGUACGUCGAAGCGUUGGCCGCCUUCGAGUGGCACAGGGGGUUCAAGGCAGCCACGAUUGGUGCGUUAGGACGACGGCUCAACGGUCACGAAGAGAAGAUCGUUGGGAAGGCAACGUUGGAUAUCCAGGUUUGUUUCAAGCAGCUCCAGGAGCGUGUCAAAGCCCUCUUGCACGUCAACAAGGCCUUCACCACGUGGGCGCAGGUGAGAACUGACGACAAGUUGGUCGAGUGUUUGCCGCACAUGAAGGCUCUGCUCAUGUACCUGAAGGCGUCGGGCUACGAGCUGGCGCCACCCGUCGCGCUCGCGACAGUGAAGGCAGCGUUCUUCAAUGCUUAUUUGCAGCACGCAGUGGAGUAUUUGAAGAAAGGGGAGGAGCUGGCGGCGGCCCAGGUGGAGGCGGCAGAGGGCGCUGCUGAUCAUGGCGGUGAAGCCCAGUCGUCGGCUCCAGCCGCGAAGGCUCGCAAGAAGAGCAAAGUUAAGUUCAUCGAUGACGUUGUUGACCUCACUCUUCCCGUGGCCAAGCAGUUCGGCAUAAUGGUGCACAGCGCUCUGCAGCAUUUCUGGCAGUCAAUCGCCACUGGGGACACUAUCAAAGAUGGCAUGCUCAUCGGCGUCGCGGAGCAGACUGAGGAGGUGUGGGAAGCGUGGGUGAAAUUGUUCUCUGACCGUGCUAAGACGAUAGACACCUGCCAGAUCGAGACGGCGUUGUGUAGCAUCAAGGUUGUUGCCCAAUGCGUCCGCGAGAACGAGAAGGACAAGCCGCCGACUUCGGAUGUUCGUGCUGCGCGGAAGUUUAUCCAUGCGAAUUCUGUUGGGAAGGGUUCGGACGAGAUCGGGCAGGUGGCUCAGGACCUUUGCAAGCUGAUGAUCGGCUACAAGCCCUCCAUCUACAUCAUGGAGGUCGCUCGGAGGCAUGCGCCCCGAGGGGUUGAGGACGACGCUGCGAGCAAGAUUUUCGAGAGCGGUUGCGCCAAUUUCGAGACCAAUUUUGAAACAGCGUACGCCGACAUGGAGUUAUUCAUUAACGAGCCCGACAAGAGCGACGAUGUCCACGCAACCAUGACGUACUCGAUCCUCCUGAAGAGGCUCUUGCCAAUCAACGACCUCCUUGUGGCUAUCAUGAAUUCGGCCUUGCGGUGGUCAGUCGCAGCCAUGAACGACAACCUCGACUCCAUCACGUCAGCUAUCGCCAACGCAUUGGAAUUGGUGUCAUGCGGAGUGUAUGGGGUCAUGUCAACUUUCCACAAGCUCGUCUGCCGCCCAUUGUCCCGCGCUCUUGCCGACCGAGCAGCUAUGGAUUCAGCAGGGGGCGUAGAUUGCGACGGCGGCGCUGGACGGGAUGGCUCAGCAGGCCUUUCACUCGGAGACCAGCCACAGCCAGCGAGGGGCAGCGAGAAUGCCGAUUCCGAGCAAGGCCUUGAGCUUGACGCAGUGCGCCCCGACCGCACUGACCCUGUGAUGUUAGUAUUGGGGGGCCUGCGCACGGUCAAGCAGAGCGGAACUGAUUACCACGCUGGCUUGCAGCAGCUGUUGCAGGGGAUCUCGAAGUGCAUCGACGCGCUGACGCAGCGGAGGGGCGACCCAGAGUUCGCAGAGAUGAUCGCCUCGCUGGGUUCCGUGACGGAGGUGGCGGCCGCCCUCAACGGGAACUGGAAGAUGGUCCAGGACAUGGUUGACUACAUGCAGGCGUGUGUCGAGAUCUCAGCUGUCUUGACAAAAUCGGAUGGAGCAGAGCUGUUUGGCCCAACCAAGUUUGAUGCAUCGCUCAGGGACUACGCCAUCACCAUGGCUCGACUCCAGCACGAGCUCGCGGGCAUCACCGAGAUCGUCUUCAUGGGCACCAGCUCCGUCGACGACGCAGCCGUUCUCAAUGAUAUCAGCGUUGCAUUCUUCGGCUUUAAGGCGCAGGUCGCCGACGCAGUCUACGAUCAGAUCGCAUCUAUCUGGAUAUCUCCUACGGUCAUGUCCAUGUUGGGGUUCAGCGAGCUCGAGGUCGCCGUGGUCCAGGAUGACGUGCUGGAGUCCACCGACCGCGCCCACGUGCGAGGGCGCCUCAUUCGCAAGCCUGGCGUCAACGACGCGCUUCCAGGCGACAUCGAGGCGAUGCUGAAGCUGGAGGAGGCCGACAGCGACCAAUUCGACGAGCUGGUUCACCACAGAACGCUGAGUGCGCUCAAGGAGUUCGCCGCUGCUACUAACAUGAGCGUGAUCCAGGCCGCCGGCGUGGUGAUGCGAGAUGGCGAGCAGGGCAACGACCACGCCGUGCCAUUCGAGGUGGCGGCUUUCGUGUUCGACUUGAUGACUGCAGUGAGGGACCUUGUCAUGAUGGCCAUUGCACUUCAGCGCCACCUCGUGAAUAUGGACGGUGAGGUUGCCAAGGAGGUGGAGCUUGCUAAGGCGCAGUACCACCCAGUCUCGAACAUCCAUGUGAAUGCCUUGUCGCUGAUGUACGACCGCCUGAAGCUGAUCGAUACCUUCGUCACGGGCGAGGCUGCGAGGAAGAUGGAGCUCGACGGUUUCAGCAUGCGGAUCCCUGUGCAUUGUCUGGGGAAGUGGGCCACGCAGGUAGCAACGUUCACGAGGAGAUGCCGAGAUGACAUCAUGGAGUUGCGCAUGGCUGGUCUCGCCAAGAGCGUUCUGGAAUGCAGGGCCGAUCUCCCGCUUUGGCAGCCCAUAUUCACAGAUAACUCGUUCAACUUGGCGAUGGCGGUCGACCUGUUGGACGGAAAGCUGGCGAACGUCGUGAGAAGCUACAACGCGUUGUUCGGUGUGCUUUCCAAAGUUGACACUGCCUCCAAGCGCGUUGAGCUGUCGCCCCCCCUUCAGCACAACCCGUUGACGAUGUCUGGCGUCGCCGUGGCGUCCCAGACCCUCGCGAACCUCUACGAGGCCUCAGUUCUCAUCCAGGGCGUGAACUUGUUGAGGUUCCAGUCGCAGGGCCCAGCGUCAUCGAAGGCGGCCCGUGAGUUCAAAGCCAAGCACAAGGCCGACAAAAAGAUCAAUCUCCCGAAUGCCUUCUGGGCAGAGCUGGCCUGCGUCGAGGACGGCGCCUCGGCGCCGAUGGAGCCCCUUCGUUCCCCGACCGCCUUGAAGCUCGAGGCGCAGAGCUUGACCAAGAUCCGCGGCACCGCCUCUGCGAGCGGCGCGUCGGCAGCUUCCUCGUCGGCGUCGGCUACGACUGCAGCGCCGCGCCAGGGAGCGGCUGGCAUCUCGCCAUCCGUUUCGGCAGGGCCCCCGUCGGUGUCGGAGUCAGCGGCGGCCGACGCAGGCCCGCCCGCCAAGAAGGCGAAGUUGGCGCGCCUGCCUAUCGGCAGGCGUUCGUCGUAG